GGUCUUUCCGGCCUCGCCACCGCUUACGCCUUUGCUUCGGAUGGCCAUCGUGUUCGGCUCUUCGAGAGAGCCUCAGGGAUAGCAUCCGUCCCCGGCGGGAUCCGCCUCCCGCCCAACGCGACCAAGAUCCUCGUCCAGUGGGGCAUGGGCGACGAGCUGCGGGAGAAGAGCGCGGUCAUCACAAGCGCCACGUUCUGCGAUCUGCACACCGGCGAGAUCGUCGGACGCACGGAGUGGAUGCCGAGCAUGUUCAUGGACAGCGGCGGCGAAUUCCACAUGAUCAACCACCGCGAUCUCUGCGACAUGCUCUAUACCCGCGCCGUCUCCGCCGGCGCCGAGUUCACCUUUGACAGCGCGAUCACCGCCAUCUCCCCUCCCUCGCCCGCCGGCCCUCAUCCGUCGCGCUCCAGCGCCUCCGCGCUCGGCCCCCAGCCGUCCGUGACGCUCGCCUCCGGGGACGUCGUCCACGCCGACCUCCUCAUCGGCGCCGACGGCGCACAGAGCCUCCUGCGAUCCGUCGUGGACGAGCAGUGCCCCGGCGCGUACACCGGCACGACCAUGUACACCGGCGUCGUCAACGCCGCGCGCGCUGCGGCCGACCAGUAUCUCCGCGAGAUCAUCGAGAUCGGCCAUCCCAUCUGGAUGGGCGAGGGGGUCGUCCCGGCGAAGCGACCCGAGGGCGAACACGCGUUCCACAUCGAGUGCAGGGAGGACACGGACCUGGGAGGCCCGGCGGACUGGGACAGCGUCCCCUCGUCCUCCAUUCCCCAUACUGAUGAAUUCGAACCUCGGUACGUGCCGAUCCGGCACCUGUUGAAAUGCGUCCCUCAGCUCACACGCGUCCGCUGUUGCGCACACCCGCCCGCAGAGAACUGGGUCGACGCCGCGCGCAGAAUCUUGCUGACGGGGCAAGCCGCCCACCCCAUGCUGCCAUGCGCCAUGCACCAGAGCUCCGACUGCCUCGAGUCCGCCGCCGUCCUCAGCACGCUGCUCUCCCACUUGCGCGCGCCAGCACAGCUGCCCUCGCUCCUGUACGCGUACCACGACCUGCGCGCACCGCGCGCCGCGCGGCUGCACGACCUCGAGCUCAAGAACCGGUUCUACCUCUGCAUGGAGGGCGAUCUGCGCGUCGCGCGAGACGAGAAUAUGCGCGCGUCGCUCGUGCGGCGGCGCGGGGACGACGGGGCGGAAGAGGAGGACGACGGGGGGCAGCUGGCGAGGCAGUGGGCGGAGCUGUCGGAGGUGUGGGGGUACGAUGCGCGCGAGGAGGCGGAGGAGUGGUGGAUCCGGUGGGGGCUGCUCAGGGAGCGCGCGGGCGGGGUCGCGGGCAAAGGCGCAGAUGCGGACGCGGACGCGGCGGGGAGCGUGUUCGGGGUCGGCGGGGUGCCAUUUGAGGUGUCUGGAUGA